AUGCAUCCACACAGUAUCUACGCCCUCAUGUUGUCCAUUGGGGCGGUGCUGGGAGUGAUAUUGGCAUGCUACCUUCCAGGGGUAGCAGCCUGCUCGGCCAGCCAGCUGCUAGAAGGAGACUUUCGGACGAAUCCUCUAACUUCUCGUUGCACGUCAUGCAGCGCAGCCUUCCUUGGCAGCAUAUGCCAAGAUGCAUGUUUGAUGCUCUUCUUUCUUGGCUUCGUGCUUUGGAUAUAUGGUCAUUUUCUCCAUCGGGCUACAGGCUGCAAAAUCUUCACUCUUGGGCAAGACCCAGCUGAUCUGGGAGGUGUCAGUUUGCUAGGAGCUUCUCUGCGGUGGUCGAUGUUGAUGUGUUCACUUGCGGGCGGACUGUCUGCGUUCAUCGAACUUACUGCCAAAGAUGAGAAGUGCAGCUCAAGCUUUGUUGUCUACUCGCCAAGCAUGGAGGCAUCAGAGCCCGGUAUUAUGUGGAGAAAGGCAUGCUGCAGUUUGGUCUGGAUUGCCUUUGGAACGCACUGCUUGGCAUUGUGGCAGGGCCAGGCAGUGAGUUUAGCUGGCAAUGCCAGUGUCCCCGUCUCCGUCUGUGUCUCAUGGGCUGGCUGCAGCAUGUUUGUCUUUCAAGUCUCACGCUUCGUGAUGGUCUCGUGGCUCCCUGUGGUAUGUGGCCAGGGAUGGCUUGUUGUCCUGAUUGUUUUUGGUUCCUGGUCACGUGAUGUGCAGACGCGGCCAUACUGGGUGGCAGUUCUUGCAGCAUUUGCAUCGACUACUUUGUAUGUUGGUGCUGGCAUUGCCGUCCGAAUGUUCCUUCUCUCAGGCGGCAGCGGCCGAACUACGGCAGUGCUGCUUAUGUCUUUCUUGGCGUGGCCCUGCGGUGGGUUGGUCUGGGCUGCAGUUGGCUGGGAGUUCCAAAAUCACUUCCGGUUCACAACUUGCUCCGCUGACAUGUUAGUGCCACCGGUCUUUCUUGGAAUCAUUGGCGUUGUGUGCGCGGGGCACAUUUACAGGCCACUGGAACCUGUUGCCGCGACGAUCUUAAGCUCAUUCGCACUGACAACUCUAAUCCUUUUCUGGAUUCGUCAAUCUCACUGGCGCCUUUUCUUCAGGAUGAAAUUCAGUGAGCCACAAAGAAAUGCUUUGCUGGCAGCAGAAGGUGGACCAGAUUCUCCUCUUCCCUCCAGAUCGCUGGAUGUGCAGGCAAAAGUGCUGCAUCUUGGAAGGCCAUUGCCAUCUUGGCCUGGCAUGAUGGACGUCCGGCCACGCCUGCAGUCUGCCCAGACCAUGCUCCAAGCUGCCAUAGAGCCGGGACGUCACUUUUUCAAAAGCACGAAGCUCAGCAACAAUGUUGAAAGCAACAAUCUGCCAAUGGUGGACAAGCUCGAGGUAUUUCGCCUGGCAGAAGCUGGACGUUGCUUCUGGGGGUUGCAUCUCUUGAUUGUCCUAUUCAUGUGGAUCGCUCCCGGGGUGUGUGGAGAAAGCUUUGUGACAUACCAGGUGCAAAAACCACUUCAUAACUUGACAGCCAUAGGAAGGAACUUUACGUCCAGCAUUCGAAUCGGGCAUGCAGAUUGGGAGGCUGCAGCUGAGCAGUCCGAGGCUGUGGAGACGGUGGGCCGAACCUGGUGGAGCGGUAUCUCAUACUUGUAUUGCUCGGUGCUGGGCACGUAUCUCGUAAUGAGCCUGAGCCUUGCAGCUGUGUGGAUCACAUCGGGAAUGUUCAGUGCUUCAUCGUCGAUGCUUGCGGCUUUCACUUUGUUGGUGGAUCUCGAUGCUCUGGCACGCAAGCUCAUUAGCAUACGCGACGCUAGUCGAGGGGGUGACAUACCGUCAGCCUUACCUUUGUUCAUGCUAGUGGGACCUGACAUUUGGAGUUUCUUUGGGACAGUGAGAUUGGCCAGAUCGACGCACACUCAACUUUACAUUCUUCUAUGCGGUACGUUGAGAUUCCCUCUCCUGCCAAUGCCUUGA